UCUUCAAUACAGUCGAGGGACCCUUUUAGUGCCGGUUGAAUAGUGCCAGAUGCCCGGUAUAGUGCCGGUGAAAUCUCUGCACACAGGCGGAGCUCUCAAUAGUGCCAGACCGGCACUAAUUAAAGCAUGCCCGAUAUAGUGCCGGUUCGGCACUGCUGUCACCCCCAAUAGUGCCGGUACUCCGCACGCGCGAAACACACACACGCACAACCCAGGGCAGAAAACAUAGACUCCACACACAGAAAUAGGGUACACGUGCUGCUGCAGACCCGAACAGCUCUACACAGGGGCGUACCAUGCCCUGUGCGGAAGGUGAACUGUGCCAACUACAGGACACCACGCCGCAAGACCCUCAUGGUCACGGCUGCCAGGGAGGAUGUGGCGGGCGACUGCACGGCAUUUGCGGCAGUGUGGUUGAUGUAGGCAACGAGAAUCACCGCAUCUGCAGCGCGUGCGUCGCCAAAGCCGGCAAGCGCAAAGUGUCAGCAGCAGACAGCACUGGGAAGGCACAAUCUAAACGUCCGAAGGCCACGAAUGGGGGGAGUAACAAGUCUCAGCCUCGUGCGCGGCCAGAUUUCAGCGCCAAGUGUGAGAUGCUGAAGCUGAUGGAUCAGAAGGUGACUCAUGAGCAGCUAGCAGAUCGCUUCAAGUGCUCGGAACGGUUGGUCCGGGAUGUGAAGAAGAACAGGAAGAAGUACGAGACCGAGGCUGCUGCAGGACGCGGAGGAAGCAAGAAAAACGUGCGCACAGGCAAUAAUCCGGAGGUGCGCUACUCUGCUGUUGUUUUAAAAAAAUACGCGUAGUUCCCGCGCCUUCUUUGCCUUUUUUUUUUUGCCGGGCCUUGUUUGCAAAGAGUUUUCGUUUUUGCAAGGACCUUUUUCUGUAGCCUUGUUCGUCUAUCUGAUGUUCUUGUUCUUUUUUCUUCUUCUCUUGUCAAGUUGUUCCCUGUUCUCUGUUCCCUUUCCCCAUGUUUCUUCUAUUUCUCGACUGUUACAGUACUUGUUGAGCUUAUUCCCUCUCGUCGUUCGUUUGUGUCUUUUUUUGUGUUACCUUUUUUUUCAACUUUCUUUGUUGUUUUAUCGUUCGUGCGCUGCUGCGCCAGCAUAUAAACUGCGAACCAAAAAUGUGUACUUGUUUGUACUGUACUGGUACAUUACAUCGCACGCACACCUAUUCUUUCAAACGAGUUACAAUACAUAAAUACACAUGCGGAUGCAGCGGCGAGCUUCUGUGGUUUUUCAAAUGCCCGGAAAUGUUUCCUUCCCACUACGAUGCACUGUGCAACGAGGCUUAAUGUUCGAAACUAAUCGUGCUAUCUUUUGUACCCUCUUUAUUGUUUACUCCUCGUUUGACGGUCAAUAGGUGGACGCCAUAGCUCUUGACCUA